ACACACAAACCCAAACACACUGCAGCCUAGAGCCGGCUCUGCAGCACAGCUCGAGCAGAGUGAGUGGAGUCAGGAUUGCCCGGUUUAGUAAAGAAUAAAAGAAGGGCACUGGAAGAGUGCUUGGAGGUUCCUCACAGGAUGAGUUCGAGUAUGCUGGAUUAGCACGUGCUAGGAGGUAAGAGAGGAAAAAAAAGCGCUUUGUUGUGCCUGCUCCGACAGGCUCUUCAGUCGCACUGGGAAUGACAGCUGGAACACAUGGGCUUCCAAGAGGACAGGGCAACGCUGGGAGAUGACACAUUUAUUUUAUUUUUUUUAUUAUUCUGUUCUUCUGGUCCUGCUGCUGCACUGUUUCCUCUGUCUUCCCUAAGGCUCCCAUCCUUUAGCAAACAGGGCUGAAUUAAUCAGAGCUGUCUGCGCUAAGAGGAUCAAUAGCUUACGCUGUGCUGUACACGAGAGGAGCAGAAGGCAGACCCCAGUUUACUCUUGAUGCGUUUCUACAGGAUGGUUUAAGGAUCGCGAGUGUGUGUGUAUGAGUGGGACCUGCCCUGUUGUUUUGCUCUAUGGCAUCUGAGCGCAUUGCAGGACAGCAGAGACCAAGGAACUUUGUGCCUCCCGAGGCUUCCCGGAUGCACAAGUAUGCAGCCUCCUGUCUAAAAUGACACCUUCCUUUCUAGACAACGGCAGAAAUAUGGUAGCGUACCGGAAUAAUGAAGGGCAGUGCUGGGACUUCACCACAGGAUGAGUCGGACGUCAUUUCUGGGAGAAUUCCGUGCAAAAAAGCGGAAAAGUGAUGACUCCUUCAGCACGCUUUGGUUUCUGUUUGGACUCACUCUUAUGUGGGUAUCCUGGCUGGUUUUCUUUGAGCAUCCCUUUUCCUUCUGUGGACAUGCUUAUUUUAUUGCCUUAUAACUUUCUUAUGGACUUUUUUCAGGACUCUGCUAUGGAUUAGAACAAAUGCUUAGAACAAACACCAUGUCUUUGAAAAGGAUUUUAAGAGAAAGUAUGUAAGGAGUGGGAAUGAUGACAUUCUUUAAACCGUUUGAGGUUUUUUUUUUUAAAUAAAAAAGAGGCAUUAAGAUUUUUCCUUGGCAUAAAUGAAGACUGGCUGUUCCUACACAGGACGGGAACAGAAAAUGAUGCAAGUCAAUAAUUUCCCACUCAGGAGGCACUCGUGGAUAUGUUUUGACGUGGACAAUGGCACGUCUUCAGGAAGGAAUCCCCUGGAUCCCAUGACCAGUCCAGGCUCUGGCCUCAUCCUCCAGGCCAACUUUCCACACAGCCAGAGGAGGGAGUCCUUCCUCUACCGAUCGGACAGCGACUAUGACCUGUCGCCCAAGUCCAUGUCUCGCAACUCGUCCAUCGCCAGUGACAUGAAUAACCAUCUGCAGAGGCCAGGCCUGGUGUCUCGGCGCUCUGAGCCGGUUAUUAGUGGAACUCAUGGGGAUGACCUGAUUGUAACACCGUUUGCCCAGGUACUGGCCAGUUUGAGAACUGUACGGAACAAUUUUGCAGCAUUAACCAACUUGCAGCAAGAAAGAUCCACAAAUAAAAGGGCUCCCAUGUGUAACCCGCCUUCUCUCCCAAAAGCCUCCUUCACAGAGGAGGCCUACCAGAAGCUGGCCACCGAGACACUGGAGGAGCUUGACUGGUGCCUGGACCAGCUGGAGACGCUGCAGACCCGCCACUCUGUCAGCGAGAUGGCCUCAAACAAGUUCAAGAGGAUGCUGAACAGGGAGCUCACCCAUCUGUCCGAGAUGAGCCGAUCCGGAAACCAGGUCUCCGAGUUCAUCUCCAGCACCUUCCUAGACAAGCAACAUGACGUGGAGAUGCCCUCGCCUCACUCUCAGAAGGAGAAGGAGAAGAAAAAAAAGCCAAUGUCGCAAAUAAGUGGUGUAAAGAAACUAAUGCACAGUACCAGCCUCACCAACUCUAACAUCCCUCGCUUUGGGGUCAAAACAGAUACGGAAGACUCCUUAGCCAAGGAACUGGAAGACGUAAACAAAUGGGGCCUUAAUGUUUUCCGAGUCACAGAGUUUUCUGGAAACAGGCCAUUAACGGUGAUGAUGUACACAAUCUUUCAGGAGAGAGACUUGCUGAAGACAUUUAAAAUUCCAUUAGACACUUUUAUAACCUACCUGAUGACCUUAGAAGACCAUUACCAUGCAGACGUGGCAUAUCAUAACAAUAUUCAUGCUGCUGACGUAACGCAGUCCACACACGUGCUGCUCUCCACGCCUGCUUUAGAGGCUGUUUUCACAGACCUCGAAAUUCUUGCUGCCAUUUUUGCCAGUGCUAUUCAUGACGUUGACCACCCGGGUGUCUCGAACCAGUUCCUCAUUAACACCAACUCUGAGUUGGCCCUCAUGUACAAUGACUCAUCAGUGCUGGAGAACCAUCAUCUGGCUGUAGGUUUUAAGCUGCUCCAGGAAGAGAACUGUGACAUCUUCCAGAACCUUACCAAAAAACAGAGACAAUCGCUCCGGAAGAUGGUGAUCGACAUUGUAUUAGCCACUGAUAUGUCUAAACACAUGAACCUACUAGCUGACUUGAAAACGAUGGUCGAGACAAAGAAGGUGACCAGUUCUGGAGUCCUGCUGUUGGAUAAUUAUUCAGACAGGAUACAAGUGCUGCAGAACAUGGUGCACUGUGCAGACCUGAGUAACCCCACCAAACCACUGCAGCUCUACCGCCAGUGGACAGACCGCAUCAUGGAGGAGUUCUUCAGCCAGGGUGACCGUGAGAGGGAGCGAGGCAUGGAGAUCAGUCCCAUGUGUGACAAACACAAUGCCUCAGUGGAGAAAUCCCAGGUGGGCUUUAUUGAUUACAUCGUCCACCCUCUGUGGGAGACCUGGGCUGACCUGGUGCACCCGGACGCUCAGGACAUCCUGGACACGCUGGAGGACAACCGAGAGUGGUACCAGAGCACCAUCCCUCAGAGCCCUUCUCCUGCACCGGAGCAGAACGACGAGAGCGGGCGGCCCGCUGCGCAGAACACCACAGACAAGUUCCAGUUCGAGCUGACGCUGGAGGAGGACGGAGAAACCGACACGGAGAAGGACAGCGGCAGUCAGGCUGAGGAGGAGGAGGAGGAGGAAGAGGAGGAGGAUGAGGAGGAUGAGGACUCCAAAACACUCUGCACACAGAACUCUGAGUGUACUGAGCUUCCGCUAGAUGAGCAGGCAGAGGGAGAGGAGGGAGAGGAAGAAGGGCAUGUGUGUGAGGAUGCUUCUGUAGAACCAAGUAUGGUAGAGGAAGAGGAGGAAGAGGAAGAGGAAGGAACGUAGCAGUGCAGGACACAUUCACUCACUGCUAAUCAUGUCUCAGUGAAACGCACAGGCAGAGGGAUGAUUAAUAAACGGCGGGAGGGGGAAGUUCCAAAGCGCACCUUGCACUCCACAACCUCGGCCGCUGCUCUCUCCUGGACACACGAGGACACACACACACACACUCUGGUACAUUGUCCUUUUUUGCACUCAGGAAUAACAUUUGAUUUUUCUUUGCUGUCUUAUUUGUUUACCCUUAACCCCCCUGCUUCCUCCCAAGUCUGUGCUUCUUGGGCCUCAUUCGAGGGUGCUCUCUGUGUGUGUGUGUGUGUGUGUGUGUCUGUGUGUGUUUGUGUUCACUCCCCCUGGCACAUUGGAAUGUAAACCACUGUGCUUUCAUCCCCUUCAUGUGGGCAGCAGUAAGAAAGAUCUGAAAGUAAAGACACACACACACACACACACGCACACAGAGCAGUGAAGAGAGAUGGACUGCAGCAGCUACGGCCACGGGGGAAACGGGAAAUUUAUUGGAAUGUGUUCUCUGGCUUUUUCUACAUUUAAGUCUUCCUGAAAACCUGACUAAACCCACAGACACACACACAUACACAGCUCAGUGCUGUCAUUGCCUCUUUGCAGUUUUUUAGUUUGUAUGGUUCAUACAAUUGAUAUUCUUUUAACACGAAUGCUCGUUUUCUUACAAAAUCAGCAACAGCAAAGAAAAACUUCUAGUGACGAGUAACUUGCAAGUAUGUGUUUAUGUUGGCCGGCAGGUUUAGCACGCUACUUUAUAACUUCAUUCAACACUGCUGGGUCUGUUUCAUUAAUUGCACACAAUCUCUUCAGUGAAGUUUCAUUCCUAUUUCUGUUCUUUUCCUUUCAUUCAUAUAAUACAGUUAAACACUUACCUCUAGUGAGCCUCAGCCAGAAAUGAUUUUUUUCCCACAGAGCGGAACGUACGUUGUUUCUUUUGGACACAUAUUUUAAAUGAACUUCAUUAUAUCACAGUUACAUUACCCAUAUGUUGCCAGGAACGUAGACGAGGCCAUUAGAUCAAACACUUUUUUUUUCUGUUUCCUCUUACGCAAACAUUUAGACUGUUUUUUUUUUCUUGCCAACAUCCUGUGUUGGGUUUUUCUUGCGUCAGAUGUCAUUUAGCAUUUACUUUUCUACAAGACAAGCAAUUUCUGAGACACGUGAACUGUACAUUUCAGUGUGUUAGAAGCCGGGGCUUUUCUAACCCACCUGAAUCGUGCUCCUUAUGAUAUGCCUUCUACAUUUGAACUCCACUGGAUCUCAUAGAAAAACAUGCCACAUGUUGUGUGCAUGCCAGAAAGUUUUUCCAUUUGAAUAGAACUGCCUAGAUUAAAGGACAAGCUAAAACCAUUGACGUAAUUCUCAUUGAUCAUAGACGCAACGCUGUGCACCGGCGUUUUUGUGCUGAAAUCAGACCGAGAGCUUUCUUAGGGCUAGAAUACAACUCGACUCUCCCUCUUCAUGCCAAACCCACACUCGCGCACUGUUCUUGCACUAUAGGACUCUCAGCACUUAGCCAAGUGGCUCUUCAUUUCUCUCUAUUUAUACGUGUUUGUGGUUUUAUUUAUUGGUUUUAGUUGCUGUAUAUACGAAGCAGUACUGUAGAACAUGAAUUGUAGCAUAAAUGGCGUGUUACUUGCAAGUUACUUUCUUUCUUUCUUUCCACAUGGUGAGUGUGUACAUAGAACAAACGUUUUUUAAGGAGAAGAUUCUUCACCAAAACUUGAAUCCUGGCUUUUAAGUAGUAAUGACUUUUUGUUAGACUUUUUUUUGUGCCAUGUUUUUUUUUGUUUGUUUGUUUGUUUUUUUUCUCGCCUCACCAAAAUGACCUUACCUGUUAUGGGUUUUGUUUUUGUCUCUGUUUACAGACAUGUAUUUAUUGCAUUGUAUAUAUUGUAAUGUUUAUUGUAAAUGAUUCUUACUCUAUCAUCCCUAAUGGCGAUGGUGUUGCUGUAUUUAGUAAACUCUUGUUGAGAGAAUGUUUAUUAUAGCUAUUAUACAAUGUAAAGAUUCUGUUUGGAAGAAAAAAAAAAGAAAAAAAAAAAAGGAAGCAGUCACCUUCGAGCUUGUUUAAUGGAGAACCAGGGGAAAGCCAAACAAUAUGACGCCACUGGUGUUUGGCCCCAGGGCUGUGCCUUAACUUCAGCGUCUCUAGAUUUCUCUUUAGGGAGACUGAGAGAGCAGUAGUGCACAUGGGGAAGUUCCACCCAUUUUGCGACCUGAUUAUCAGAGCAAGUGCUACAUUGUAAAGCUUUGGUUCCGUAUGCUGCGGCAGACUUUAAUUUUGUUUGUUUUUUGCAUUGAGACUGGCACAAAAGCGAAGAUUCUUCAAAAAAAUUGCCUGGCUUUGAAUGCCACACGCAAUGCACCCCAAUGCAAUAGACACACAAGGAGGAGAACAGAGGCUUGCUGGCUGCAUAUAUCCACUCUUAUGUUGCGUAUUCAUGCUGUUCUGAAAUGUGUUCAGGUGCCGUGUGCUACCGUCGUCUCAUCCAGCCUUGUAGACGUGCUCAUGCACUAAGCAAAACUUUAGAGUUUGUAUGUUGAGAGCCUUUUUUCUGACACACAUACUGUAGAUUUUAGCAGCCCUGGACCAAAGCCAGUCGUGGCUAUUAUUAUUAUUAUUAUUAUUAUUAUUAUUAUUAUUAUUAUUAUUACUUGUAUUUUUCAGUGUCAUUAAAAGGUACAUAAACUGGUACUUCAAAAUUUACUUCAUUAGGUUACAUCUUUCAAUGACCUUAAACUUUUUACACUUCUUUCACUGGAUACAUUGUUGUUUGACAGAACUGUAGAUUCUGCUUCACUCAGUUUGAAGAACAUUUAAAACGAGAGGAAACAUUUUUAUAUGCAACAUUAAAAAAAAAUAAAAGCAUGAGUUCAUUAA